GAAGGAAAUAGGGAGAAAAAUUAACUUUAUUAGUCAGAAAACUCUGAAAAAAUACAGACAGUAAGUGUACCUAUCUCCCUCAGAUUAUAGGUCAUAUCUGUAUUUUUAACCUAAAUCUUUAAAAAUCAAUCAGAAUCAGAGAAUGCAACGGAGAAAAAUGCAGACAAUUAACUAAAAUACAGAUAGAAAAUACGUCUAAAAGGCCUGUUUACAGACAGUGUCUGUAAGAAGUGCAGUUAGUGUCUAAAAAAAAAAACCCCGUGUAGGGUCUCGCCGCAUUGCUUAAGAACAAAUGCGGAAUAAUCACAAUGGAUAAACAGCCAAAUAUCUGAAUGCUUUAGGUGAUUCGUGUCAAAGUGUGCAGAUGGCGCAACAGCAUUCAGACAAACUUGGGAAUCCCUUGUUCAACCUCAUACAUCAAAAACAGAAGAAUGUUUCGUCGCCAACACACACAACCUAUCGAUAUCUCUUUGCUUAUGAAUAAUUCAAAGAUAACAGUGCCAGUUUCUUGUCUUGUUCUCAGGUAUUUCGCUUUCACAGUUCUUUCGGUGAUAUCGCGCUACAUUCAGAAGUAUCGGAUGCGCUCGAAAUGCCGAAAGACCGAGAUUUCUAAGCGAGCCCCUUCCACCACAGAGCGGUACCUGCCUGCCUGCGUCACAAAUCCUUGCGGAAUUACGAUAUAUUUUGUCGGAUUUAAAUUUUAUGUGACGAAGUAAAUACCGAAAAUAAUUCUUAACUGAUUGUAUACGACAUGCUGGUAAAUAGUUCCAUUGCUUCCAGGACUGUAAAUCUACCGGAAUGCUGUGACAAGGCUGAGAGACAUACAUAUAAGUAAGGUACGUAAACACCACGGCUAUUCUACAAAGACAAAGAGCACCAGACUUUAUUUCAAUCAUAAUCUUCUUAUCGUUUGCAUAUUUCUUAGUCAUUCCUACAUCCAUCUUUACCACAAUCAGCUCAAUUCAAAAAUAACAAGUAUGGAAGACCCCAAGUUUGCCAACUUCAAUGUCACCACAACCCACUACAAAAUCGUCAACAAUCAAGAAAUUCCUCUCUAUGUCCUCAUCCCCAAGGGCAUCCACACCGGCAAGCGUCCAAUUCUUGUUCACUUCCAUGGCGGCUUCCUCGUUACCGGACAUGCGAUAUACCCAGACUGGGCAUCCCAAUGGUCAUUGGACUAUGGGACUCUCAAUUCCGCAAUACGAAUCUCAGCUAAUUAUCGUCUCCUACCCGAGAGCGACGGUCUCGAAAUCCUGUCUGACGUCCGCGAUCUCUUCACCUGGAUUGAGAAUGAUCUACCUGCAUAUCUGAAGCGUAUCGGUAGCGACAUCACGCCAGACUACGAUAGGAUCGCAGUGUAUGGCGAGAGCGCUGGCGGGCUCUUGGCCAUCCAUUCCGGACUGAUGAGAACAGAUCUUGUCAAGGCUGUGAUUGCUGCAUAUCCAAUGACUUACCUCGAUCGUCCGUGGUAUUCCGUUGCGUCUACUGACAAAUCUCCCUUUGGCGCGCCUCAGCUUCCCAAGGCUCUUCUCGAUCAACAUGUUGCCACGAUAGAACCCGGCAAAAUUGUUACAGGAGCUUUCCCACCAGACAGAGUACAACUUGCGAUUCCCAUGUUGCAGAAUGGAUUGUUUCCACAGAUCAUGGGUACAGAUGAGUCAUUGUAUCCUGCGAAGGUUGUGGAAAAGAGAAAGAAGGGUGAGAAGGCUCCUUUUCUUUUUGUGAUGCAUGGAAAGGAAGAUACAGCUGUGCCCUGUGAGCACUCGGUAGAUUUUGUGAAACUAUGGGAGGAGAAGUUUGGUCACGGGAGUGUGGUUGGCAAGUUUGAGAGUGGUGAUCAUGGUUUUGAUGGGACUGCUACGCUUGACACUCCGUGGAUGAAGGAUGGAUUGGCUGAUGUUAGUAAAGCUUGGAUUAGUUAAAUGAAAAUAGAGGUCGAUAAUUUAUAUGAAUUUUGUCUUAGUCAG